AUGCUACUACAUGAAUAUCGAAUAUGUUUACCAUUUACAAUUGAAGAAUAUCAUAUUGGGCAACUUUAUAUGAUAUGUAAACAUUGUGAAAUUGAAUCCAGUAAAGAUGAAGGUGUAGAAGUUGUGCGUAAUGAACCUAUUACUAAUGAAAAUGGUUUAGUCGGUCAAUUAACGGAAAAACGAUUAUAUUUAUCAAGUCGUUUACCAACUUGGAUACGUUCACUCAUUCCUAAUUUAUUUUAUAUAACUGAAAAAGCCAGUAAUUUUUAUCCAUAUACAACAACUGAGUAUACCUGUUCAUUUUUGCCACGUUUUUCAAUAAUGGUUGAAACACGAUAUGAAAAUAAUAAUGGUACCACAGAAAAUUGCCACUCAUUAUCACCUGAUGAAUUAGCUAUUCGGAAAUUAGAAUACUUGGAUAUUGCCACAGAACGUAUACCAGAUUAUAAAUACAAAGAAAGUGAAGAUCCAUGUAAAUUCAAAUCCACAAAGACAGGUCGUGGUCCAUUAACGGCUACGUGGAGAGAUUAUAUGAAACCAAUAAUGUGUGCCUAUAAAACUGUUCGAGUACGUUUCGAAGUAUGGGGAUUUCAAACACGUGUAGAAGAUUUUACGCAACGUGCUGUGCGUGAUAUUUUAAUACUUGCACAUCGACAAGCAUUUACAUGGAUGGAUGAAUGGUAUGGUAUGUCUAUGGAUCAAGUUCGAGAAUAUGAACGUGAAAUGUUUGAACGAACGAAUAAAAAAGUCUUACAAUCAACUGCUCCAAUAAUAUCACCUAUAUCAACUCCAACGACAACGAAUAAUACGAUUUUCGAUUAA